AUGUUCCUCUUGAGGGGAAGCUUGUCAAUAUAUUUCAACGGAGAACGUGGUUCUCUAAGAAGACUGGGCGUCGGUGAGAUCCGUAUCGUGAUAUGGGUUGAUCGCAAAGAACCAGUAUCGGAACGGCCAGGAGUCCAUACAGGCUGGUACCUGCAUCAAGUUCCCGUCUGUGGAGGCAUCACAAACGGCGAAACCGGAAAUAUUGAAUGCCUCGGCGGGACUGGCGGCCAGAUCAAGGACAGUGACGGCGCAGACGAUAUUCAUGACGUCAACCUGGUACAUAUUCAUUACCUGAGCCAGCCAUUCGACGUGGAAACGGCAGUGCCCGCGGACGUUCUGGUGGGUGAGAUCCAGGACAAGCCACGGGGGCUCCACGGGCACCUUUGCAGCAGAGAACGGAGGAUUUCUAGGAAUGUCCCCCUGUCCACGUUAAGGGGGCCUAGAUUUCUCCCAAGGCGACGACGAGAUCUCCUUAGUUGCGCGCCAGUUCAGGGGCGUAUUGCUAGAUUGGUGGAUAUUCUGAAUACAUGCACGGCUAUGGGGCCGCCCAUGGGCUGUACCUGGGAAGAAAGAUCUCGGGGACUGCUGGAUAUGUGGCCGUUGCCAGGCUCUUUAUUUUGUUAUUUUCAAAUCAUUGAGUUAUUCUCCUCUAUCUUGCAAACGUUAUCAAAGUUCAGUAUAGGGUGUUCUUUGCUUAAAGAAGUAUGCUUCAGCGCGUAUCUGUCGAGCUAUGGUAAAAUGAGAUGGAUAAAAAGGUCAACGCCACGGGCUCCAGCUCCAGUUUCCACUCCAAUCCUCUCGAGGUAA